AUGGCGACCGAGUACCAGCUGCCAUUCCAGUUGAACGACCCAACCCUUUUGCACUUUGACUCUUUUAUCGGAGAUAAAUGGGUCAAUGCGAAGAGUGGAAAGCGAUUUGAGGUUCUUGACCCCGGUACCGAUAAGGCGUGGGCAAGCUGCCCAGCAAACUCGACAGACGAUGUAUCCGCAGCAGUAGAAACAGCGCAUGCUGCAUUCGAGCAGUUCCGCAAAGUGAACCCUCGCCAGCGUGCAAAGUGGCUCCUCAAGUGGUGGGAGCUGACAAUCGCUGCGCGAGACGACCUGGCCCAAAUUGUGACCCACGAGACUGGAAAGCCGCUUUUUGAAGCUUACGGAGAGCUGGACUAUUCGCUUGGCUUCUUGUGGUGGUUUGCUGGUGAGGCGGAGCGCAUUCAGGGCAGUGUGGCCGUCCCCGCGGCGCCCAAUCGCCGACUCUUCACCAUCAAGCAGCCUAUCGGUGUUGCAGCCGCACUAGUGCCAUGGAACUUCCCGGUGGCUAUGGUACUUCGCAAGGUCGGUGCUGCGAUGGCGGCCGGUUGUACAAUGGUGGUCAAGCCUAGCCCGGAGACGCCUAUUUCGGCACUUGUACUGGCAGAGCUGGCGCGUCGCGCGGGCGUCCCGGCCGGUGUGUUGAACAUUCUGACAACCGACCUGGAGAACACACCAACUCUCAGCGAAGCCCUGUGCAAGCAUCCUCUCGUCAAAAAGGUGACAUUUACUGGGUCGACCCGCGUUGGUAAGCUGGUUGCCGCGCAUUGCGCCCAGGGCCUGAAGAAGGUGACCCUCGAGCUGGGCGGCAACUGCCCGUUCAUUGUCUUCGACGAUGCCAACCUCGACCAAGCGAUUGAUCAGCUCAUGGCCCUGAAGUGGCGUCACGCCGGACAAGCCUGCAUCACUGCGAACCGUAUCUAUGUCCAAGCAGGCAUCUAUGAUCGAUUCGCCGCUCUGCUGAAGGAGCGCACCACUGCUCUGGUUGUCGGACACGGUUCUGCAGCUGAUACCACUAUGGGCCCAUUGACCACCCCACGCAGUAUCGACAAGGCCCUGGCCCAGGUUGAAGAUGCGCGGCGCCUUGGUGCUGAUGUGCUCUUGGGGGGCAAGGCAAUGACCUCUCGCCCAGGUUAUUUCUUCGAGCCGACUAUUUUGUCGGGCAUGACAGAGAAGAUGCAGAUCUCACAGGAGGAGUCGUUUGCUCCUAUUGCGGCUCUCUAUCGCUUUGAGACUGAGGAAGAGGCAGUCAAAGCGGCCAAUGAUACCAGUAUGGGUCUGGCUAGCUACGCUUUCACCAAGAACGUUGAUCGUGUGUGGCGCCUGUUUGAGAACCUGGAGGCCGGCAUGAUUGGAAUGAAUACAGGAAACCAAUCGGCUGCCGAGUCGCCGUUUGGAGGUAUCAAGGAGUCUGGUUAUGGCAAGGAGAGUGGCAAGGAGGUUGCGGUUAACGAGUAUUUGGUCACCAAAACGGGUACUUUGACCAUUGAGGGACAGUACUAA